AUGAUUGAUACUCAUUGUCAUUUGGUGGACGAUAAAUUCAAGUCGGAUGUUGAUGAAGUGAUUGCACGGGCGAAAAUCUACUAUGUGAAGCAAGCAGUUGUGUGCCCAGAAUAUGUGAGUCAGUUCGACGCCGUCAUGGAUUUACGAAGUAGACAUCCAGAUUUCGUGCUCGCAGCUAUAGGAAUUCAUCCAAUUCAGAAGAACAACAAAUCUGUGACGUUCGAUGACAUAAAAGGUGUGGAAGAAUUUCUUAUGAAACAUCGUAGCAAUAUUUCUUGCAUUGGAGAGGUCUGUAACUACUUCCUACGUUAUGAAGUCUUAGUUAAUUCAAUACUUCUAAAGACCGUUCAUUCUCGCGGUGCCGUCAUGGAUACUAUUGAGUUCCUCAAGUGGAAUAAUGCUAGUCGAGUAGUACUUCAUGCCUUCAAUGGUUCAAAAGAGGAAGCCCUUUGUGCUUUACAAGCUGGAUUCUCCUUCUCCAUUCCUCCAUCGUUUACUAAUGGUCGCCAUAAGCGUUUUCUGGUCGACGUCGUUCCUUUGAAUCACUUAUUGUUAGAAACAGACUCACCAGUUCUGGGCCUAGUCAAAAGUGAAAGAAAUGAACCUGCUUACCUCAGAUUUCCUGCAGAAUUCAUUGUAAAAAAGUUGUCUUUCGAAAAAGUAGUAUCGGCAACAACUAGCAAUGCUGAGAGACUGCUGAAUAUGAAGAGUACAUGA